AUGAUCCUGUUAUGGGUUACGUUACUUGUUCUUCAUCAAGGAUAUACACUGGUUCCAGUGAUCACAGUUCAGCUUGGUGAACCUGUGACCUUCACAUGCCCUUUGCCCAAUAUUCAGAUCAACCGUAGAAAACUCUACUGGUACAAGCAGAGUGCCGGGGAUGCUAUGAAAUUAAUUGGGACAAUGGAGAAAUCUUCACCACCUGCGUAUGCACCAGAGUUUUCUGAUUCAAGAUUAAAGAUAAGUAAUGAUAACAAAUUUAGCAACCUAACCAUUGUGAAGACAUUCCAAGAAGAUGAGGGAAUGUAUCACUGUCAAAGCUUGGAGUGGGUUUCAAAUCCUGAAUGGAGCGGGACAUAUUUGUUACUAAAAGGAAACACUCAUCAAAAGAGGACAUCAAGCUAUACUGUUGUUCAGUGGCCGACAGUAUCUGAUCCAGUCCAUCCAGGAGACCCAAUGACUCUCCAGUGUUCAGUCCUCUCUGACUCUGACAAUAAAACAUGUCCAGGAGAUCACAGCGUGUUCUGGUUCAGAGCUGGAUCAGAUCAAUCUCAUCCAAAUAUCAUCUACACUGAUGGAAAUAGACACGAUGAAUGUGACAAGAGAUCUGACACUCAGAAAAGCUGUGUUUAUCGCUUCACUAAGAACAUCAGCUCCUCUGAUGCUGGAACUUAUUACUGUGCUGUGGCCACAUGUUGAGAGAUAUUAUUUGGAAAUGGAACUAAAGUGGAAAUCGAGCGAACAACAACAAGUUCUGAAUUUAUCCUGCUGGUGAUAACAAUAGUCUGCUUGGUCAUUUCUGUGACUGGAAAUAUCGUUUUCUUCUCUCACCGAACUCCAAGACUGAUGCGUAAACAAUUUAAAGGAACAGUAAGUGCCUCUUCACAAGCAAGACAUGACAGUUCAAGCCAACCAGUACAUGAUAUUGCUGAAGUUGAAGAUGAUAUGAACUACGCUGCGUUGCAUUUAUCGGGAAGGAAAGCCACAAGCGGGAGGAAGAAGAAAGAGUUGAACAUUGACGAAAGUUUAUAUGCUCAAGUUAAAGGCUGAAUGUGAACGUGUCCAGAGAAAAACCUGUGGUUGUUUAAUAGGUCAAUUUACACCGCAAAUGUUGUUAGUUCCUUUCUAACUUUUAAUGAGAGUUUUUCAUGAUAAAAGCUAAAAUCAUAGCAUACAGACAUGCUCUUUAUCUUCCAUGUUUAUUUAUUUUUUUUGAAUGUGCUGUCGUUCUAUUAUCUUAGAAAUAUUAACCUGAAAAAAAAAAUAUUCAGAAAACUUUAAUAGGGCUAUUAAAGCAUGCAACUUUUUCCUAAAUUUCUCUGCUCUGCAUUUCAUUACAUUAGUUCAAGAUAUUCAUUGUCUUUAUUUGAAAUCUGGAGAUGUGGUUUGUAAAGACAAUAAAUGGCUUAAAUUCUUUCCGAAUGUUAAAUGUUCAUGUGUGACGGGCCUGGUAACAUAAGGGAACAUGAUGCAGCAUCUUCACGCAUACUACUAAUCUCACAUUGUAGCCUUAUUGGACCGAUGGUCACUCUAACUGUAAUUAUCAUCCAUAUGCAAAUAUUGCACUUCAUAGUUCAG